CAGUUGAGUGGCGGAGCUCUGUCGCCAACGAGUAAGAAUAACCGCGAACUCACUCAAUCUCAAUGGCGACAGCGGCGGCGACGCCGUGCUUUGCGUCAGGAGCGCCUCUCCAGGCGGCGAGCCUCCUCGGUACAUCUUCCCCGAGAGCGAAUCAUCAUCAUCAACGUCACCUAACGAAUCAAUCAGCUUCGACCGCGCCGUCCCGCAGAAAGGUCUCCCUCGUACUCAGCUCGAGCGCCUUGUUCGGGUCAUUCGCGCUCCCAUUAUUCGUCCCUGCUUCUCCUUCCAAGUCCGCAUCGCCCGAGUUCUUCGAGCUCCCAAACUCCGGCGGCGUAAGGGUGUUGGACCUUCGGAUUGGCUCCGGAGAGGUUCCUUCUAUUGGCGACGAGGUCGCUGUACAUUACUAUGGAAGAUUGGCCGCAAAACAAGGUUGGAGAUUCGAUUCCACAUACAAUCACAAAGACAGUACUGGGGAUUCAGUUCCUUUUGUCUUCAAACUUGGUUCGGGGAAUGUUAUUUCAGGGAUUCAAGCAGCCGUGAAAUCCAUGAAAGUAGGUGGUAUCCGUAGAGUCAUAAUUCCGCCAUCACAAGGGUACCAGAGCACAUCCCAAGAACCAAUACCGCCAAAUUUCUUUGACAGGCAGAGGCUGUUUACAACAAUUUUUAAUCCAACCCGUCUUGCCAAUGGUGAAGGUUCCACAUUGGGCACUCUUAUCUUUGACGUAGAAUUAGUCAACCUGAGACACCAGUAAUUUUCGGAUGAACGCUCUUUAGAUGAUCUUCAACUCAUGAGAAAUGGUUAGCCAUAAUCUUUUACUUCUUUCGAUUCCUAGCACGACACUCCACUUUCUUUUUUACUCUGUUAAAUCGUGCGAGGUAAUUAUGUCAAGAUGGUGAUAAUUUUGCCUAGCCAUCAACUACUCCCUUUCUAAUAUGAAAUUAAAAGGAAACAAAUAAUGAGCAAUGAAAGAACUAAUGGAAUUAGGCUCUCUUCCGGAUUUGAUGAUCACAAUCAAAGGUUUCUGGGUUGCGGAUCUGAUUAUCCUAAACCAUGUAUAGGCUUAGAAGUGACUGAAUAAUAAGAGGAGAGGAAGCUAACGAUAAUGCCCUGUAACGAUGUGUCUGGCUGAGACAGUGCCUAGACUCAAUUCCCUAUCCACCUGAGGGAGUUUUGGGUCCACCAAGUAUCAGAAAGACUAUCAGACCAAACAAAUCUCAAGGGACUCUUGAAAUGUGUACUCUUUGCCAAAGAAAUGCAUUCGAGUCGUGAUUCCGACAUGGAGAAUCCACUAAGAAUGUUAACUAUAGAGCAUACUUGGUUUAACUUGGUCCUUUAUGAAGUGGGAUGGCAUGUUAUUUCAUCACAUCACAUGAGCGGAUUUCAAGGGUUGAGACUUCAGUUACUCGUCUCUCUGAUACAAGACAACACAAUUGACAUGACCAACAAUGAGUAAAGCAGAGGGAUUCAAUGGAUGCAAGGAUGAAAAAGCAGAGAGCAGAAAAGAGACUGGAAUUCGGGAAAAGCACACUUAUUUUAGGAUAAGAGGAUUAAACAUAUGCUUGAGACAUGUUUUUACUUUGCCUGUAAGGCAUCACCGAGGACUAUUGUAAAGGACCCCAUUAUGCUUCUUUAUGGUGUCAACAUGAUCAUGCUUAUUAUGUAAGUCUUUAUUUUUAACCGACAUUGAGCUUCUUUUUUACAUUAACCGGUGUUCAUCUUUGAAGAUCAUGUCAGGACUUCGGUGGAAACCACUUCCUUUAGUUGCUCCUGCAUAAGGUCAAGUGUUCAUAUUCGCUUGUUGUCAGGAUGUGUUUGUUUCCAACUGUAAAACCGACUUCCCUAAUGGCCCUCCUUCUGAUAGGUAUUUGGGCUU